AUGGUGGAGAAUUUGGAAGCUGUACGAGUACGACCUCAAGAAGAUGCGAUGGAGCAUACCGCAAAGAAGGCAAGAACGGAAAGUGCAGAAGUUGGAGAGCCUGGUUCUGUGCCCUCUGGGCCGGGUGCCAGAAUGCUUCAGCCUUUUCCACAGGCCAUCGAUCUUGCCUUUGAGAUGGGAUGUUCAACGCAAGACAACGCUUGGACCUUUGUCAAACCACCUAGAUGCAAUCGGUCACGUCGCCACAUCCGUUUCAACACUGCCGUGGACCUCCAUGCGGGCCCGGAGGACGACGCAGAGUUGACGAGGUGGCAUCAUGCUCUUGAAGUUCAUCAUAGGGCAUCACUCUUUCACAACGAAUGGGAAUCUGAUCAGGUUUCUUUUAAGGCUCGUCAUGAUCCUGGACUGAUCCUGGACUACCUCCAGUACAUGAACGCACAGAAGAGCCACAUCGUUUGGAUCAAAGACUCUUGGUCAUCAGAUACGCCAGUUCGAAGUAGCUGGAGAACCACUCUGAUCUUUGCGUUACACAGACAAGCCACUACUUUGCGCUUGGACUGGAGAGACUAUGACCUUGUCCAUGACAGCAUAGCACAUGAGCUUCAACUCUUCCCAGCUGACGUGUAUCACGUUCAUCGAGUACGCCAUCCUCCGGAGGAUCUUUUUCGAGCCUAUGUUGAACCUGUUGUAGUGCAAAGAGCUUUGGACCUUGCACCAGGUUCCACAGAAAAAAUGGUCCUUGUGGACGUUGAAUUUCACUCAAGCAACAUUGCGUCAGUGCCCGAAGUGGUACGGCAAGCUAGAUCAAUUUUCACCAGCAUGACUCGAAGCCAACUUCUACAUCAUUUAGGCCUGCGACCAUACUGCCAACAAGUAGCGCAUCGGUGUUUGGUGUGGAAGAACAAUGUCCUGAUCUCACAGGGCCAUCAACAACUGUACUUGGCACCUGGAGACUAUCUCAGAAUCGCAGUCCCACCGCCAGGGGAUCGUUUUGACCACAUUUCGACCAAAUGCAUUGCCACAGCCUAUCACCGUGGCUUUUCACCACAGGAUGUUUUGGACAGGCACACCAUGUACAUCCUCGGAUGGUAUGACUAUGUCAUUGAUCCACCUUGGCUACCUAGAAAUCCAGUACAUCAAGAAGAUGAGGGCUAUGGUUUCCUGCAGACUGCGGCGUGUAUGCUACCAGCACUGCCAGAUUAUCCCAAUUGCCUUCGUGAUGACUUCAAGAGCACUAUUGGACAGGACAUCCGAGACAUCCGACAUCCUCACAUGUCCUCAGGAUCGACUUGA